AUCUACAUACCCAAGUUCUCUAACACAAUUCUUCUGCCAUCAUUCCUGCCACUCGCUUUCUCCCGGACUACCCUUAUCACCUCACAAUAAACUGGUCUCUUUCAAUUGCCCACGAGUGAGCGGGAAGAGGUGAAUCAAUGGCUGCAGCAACGCAACAACAGUAUUACGAACUCUACCGUGGUAGUAGCAUCGGCUUGUCGCUCAUUGACACCAUCGAUGACCUGAUCAACGAUGGCCGCAUCGAACCCCAGUUGGCAAUGAAGAUUCUAGCCAAUUUCGAUCGCGCGAUAGCCGACAAUCUCGCUGAGAAGGUCAAAUCGAGGCUCACAUUCAAGGGCCACCUAGAAACAUACCGAUUCUGCGAUGAUGUCUGGACAUUCCUUGUGAAAAAAGUCAAGUUCAAGAGUGAUGGAGGGCAGGAGUUCCAGGCCGAAAAAGUCAAAAUCGUCAGCUGUAAUUCUAAGAAGCCCGGAGAGCCUUGAUACUGGCAAUAUCACAAUCUUCUGGGCCUGGUUUGACGUUCAUGCUGUCUUUCACGGCGGCCGGUUACUUGGAGAAAGACAUCAGAGCAGCCUGGGAUGAUUUUUACGACGACUAUUCAACGUUGCAUGCUAUGGAGUUCAUGGGCUAGUGGUUGGCUCAAAACUAUCUGAGUUAUGAUACCCAAAUUUUGGCGUUAUACAGGAAUAAAAUUGGGCCCGCGUCUGUUGCGAUAUUGCAGCAGAAGGUAUAAAUCAUCAAGACUAGAUCAGAAUGGCGGUUCGCCGGAUCUACC